GUGCCCUCUUUUACAAUUUUUUCCUUUUUAUUUUUAAUAUUUAUUUAGUAUUCCAAGUCAUUCUCAUUUUGUUAGUGAAUUUAUGUUUUUCGCCAGUUAUUUUCUGUGUCCGAGCAAGUGAGCCAUCAUUUAAUAGUGGACUCGACUCUUAAAAUCACGAACGUCAUGCUGGUAUCAGAGCCUGAUUUUGAAAACUCCAAUUCCAAGCAACCUGCUGAAAAUACGUGGGUAAAACUAAAUGUAGGGGGAACUUAUUUUCUCACAACUAAAACUACUCUCUCCAGGGAUCCCAACUCAUUUUUGUAUCGACUGUGUCAGGAGAAUGCUCAGCUGAUAUCUGAUAGAGAUGAAACUGGUGCCUACUUAAUUGACAGGGAUCCAACAUACUUCAGCCCUAUUUUGAACUACUUGCGUCAUGGGAAACUAGUUAUCAAUAAAAAUCUAGCUGAAGAAGGAGUACUGGAAGAAGCUGAAUUUUACAAUAUCACAGAAUUAAUUCGACUUGUGAAAGAAAAAAUCAGUUUGAGAGAUAGUUUCUCUUUAAGAGAUUCAAAGAAGCAUGUUUACCGGGUGAUCCAGUGUCAUGAAGAGGAACUCACUCAGAUGGUCUCCACGUUGUCGGAUGGAUGGAGAUUUGAGCAGAUGAUAAAUAUUGGGUCACAAUAUAACUACGGUAAUGCAGAUCAUGCUGAAUUUUUAUGUGUUGUAUCAAGAGAAUUAGGUGCAACAACUAACUGCAAAGAAACAGAGCCUACUGAUCGAGCAAAAGUUCUCCUGCAAAAAGGCUCAAGGAUGUAAAUGAAGUGAUAAUCAUUUUUCAAAUUUGUACUGAGACAAUGGAAAACUGAAGACCUUGCCCUUUUUCCAUCCGUCAAAACAUUUUGAAGGUGUUUUACAUUUGUUAUUUUGUUUGUUAAUUCUAGCUCAUUUUCUGUCGGCAAUUUUUUUAACGUUUUCCUGAUUCAAGAACUGGGUCAUCAAAAGAGACAUGUAAAAUGCCAAGAUGGGCGAUCUGUAAUGCACCAUCGCUUUAGAGGCAAAUGUUGAGGCCUGAAGUUAUCUCAUUUUGUGAUGGCAAAAUAUGUCUGUGUUUUUCAAGACAGUUUUAGGCUGAGAUAGAAGUAAUUUUUUCAUGGUAUUGUCGUAGGCAUCAAAGAGGGUAAAUUAAAGAAGCUGGACUGGUCACAGGAAGAAGUAAAGCUUUAAACUGCAAGGAAUUCCAAUAACAAUGGCAGUUAUGAGUAAAAAAGUAAAAAAAAGAAACUUUAACGCCAUAAUGUUCACGUAUCAUGUAGGGGUCGAAAAUCUCUGUAAUAAUAAAAGUUUCAAUAUGGCUUACCUAGUAAAUAAAAAGGUAGAAAACAUCUAUCUUUAGCUCAAAGACCAGAAAGGGAAGCAUAUUUGAAAGUUGCUAACUUUUUCACAAUGCCAUACCUGUGAGACUACUAGGAAACUGGUCGUUUUGCAUCGCAUACAAAUGAGAAACAAUCCUCCACAUUUUCUAUUACCCAAAUACAGGUAUUACAUUUGAAAAAAUUGGAGGAGAAGUGUGCACCCACAUCAUGGGACCCAGCAUUUUAUCGACCCCUGGUAUGAUUUCUGCAGUAUAAGACUUGGUUUUCUUCAAACAUUUACUCAGAUAUAUGCUCAUUCUAUAUCCUCUAAAUUGUAAAAAUGCUCAUGAAGGAAUUUGAAUUGAUGUCUAAGCACCCAAUUUUUCAUAUUUGUAUUAUCUUUGACUAACAAUAAUUCUUUGGAAUAAUCACAAUUCAUGAUUUUCUCUGCCUUU